AGUAAGCAAGCUCUUCGUCAGUGUUCAUGUUGUGAGACACUGUAAUUGUCGUUCGUUACUCUGGAAUACACACCAAAAGAGACAAUGAAAACGCCAAAGGUUACUAACAGCGCCGAACGGUUUGAAUAUUGAGACGUCGUUGUCAGGAGCGACGGUCAGACUGAGAGGCGGAAUGUCAACAACGCGGCCCCUCCUCGGAAUGAGACGAGUCACCGAGCUAACGUGCCCGGAGCAGCCGGCCAGUAGGCUCCCUGCGUCAGUCGCGAGGCAACAGCAAGAGGCCCCCACUGUGGACGAGUUUACCGUGCUGGAGGAUAAAGAAGAGGAGCUGAAAUGCGCCAGGCCUCGAGUGGAGCAGGUUUUUAAAGUUAAAUUCACAAUUAUUGGACUGUUGGACCACACGGGACAGCCGCACGGUAGCAAAACAUCACGUCAGAUAUGGCUGCAGCUCAGAGGAAAUAGAGAAGACGUGUCAAAGGCGAAGGAAUAUGUUCGAGGACUAUGUGACCCCGAACUGCAGAAAGAAGAACGGUACCCAGUGGACAUGCACUGUAUUUUUGCUGGUGCUCGGGGCCUUUUCCUGGACAGGCUUAUACGGGACACAAGUGCUGAAGUUCUAGUGCCUGAGCCUGGCUGCCUGCGAUUGUUGGGCCGGGCUGAACCCGUAGUGAUGGCUCAGAGCAGAGUUCAGCAAUUUGUAGCAUUAUUCCAGGAGAAGCGAAGUCUACUAAGUGACAGAGAGCCCGCUGUGAAACGAGCAUUCAAGUCCUUUGUGGAGGAAAGGGAUGAUAAGUACACUAUGGAGCUUCUUCUGCUGCCCAGUGCCCUGAAGGAAGAGUUACUGGGACUGGCUUAUAGCCCCACGUCCUCCCUGGCUCAGCUCAACCAGACGCUGCAUCCCAGCAUUGGAGAGGUUGACCAGGACCGCUCGCAGAGUAGCACACCUGUGACGGAGCUCUCCAACCGCAUCCUGGACACCAGCUUUGAGGAGAAAGGAACCGGAGCAGCUUCUGUCAGUGGAGGGAGUAAAACAGUAGUAGCGAUAGGUCCAGAGGCCGUCCUGCUCAACGGCACUCGGCCCUCACACAAGCGACGCUCAUCUGAGAGCGAGACUCGGGACACAAAGAGACAGUAUUCUCUGGAGCGGAGGGACGAGUCACCAGAUAGAGCCAGAGAGAGGGACCGACAGAGGGACAGAGAAGGCCGGGGGAGCAGUAGCAGCUGUAGAUCCAAAACCCCCUCUGCUUCAUCGUCCCUCUCCUCUUCAGCAAAAGCAAAUACUAUAGUCGGUCCGAUCAUGUUGGACUCUGGAGAAGCAGUCUCAGACGAUGGUGAGGCAGUCAGCCCAGAAACCAACCUCCGCUGCUUGGUCAAUUUCUUCAGAACCAUGGGUUACCAGCAGGAAGUGGUGGAGCGUGUCGUCAAGGAGGCGGGACAGACAGAAGAUACUUUCCUCGUUCUGGAGAAAAUUGUUGAGGAGACCAAGCGUUGUGAAGAGUGGUCAAAAGGAGGUGUAAGAGAAGGACGAUUGAACUCCCCAGACACUCCCUCCUCAUCGUACCCCUCCUCCUCAACAGUCUCUCGAUUCAGAGAGAAGGAGCGUGAGCUGAGCAGAGUGUUGGUUGACCCGGGCAGGUCUACAGAGAACAUUAAGCCCAACCAGCGUGGAGGCAGGAGUAACGGUUUGGGCCACCGGAGGCAGUGCAGUGGCAGCGAGACCAGCACUCAGCAGGCCAUCACUAUCAAGAGAAGCUCUAGUGCUCAGGGAGGAGCAGGAAACUACGAGGUUAUUACCAUUGACGAUGAUGAUGAUGUUAUUCCCACGAAUACCAAAACAGCAGAUGGCAGGACAUCCCGCAUGAUGACAGUGGCACACCAGGACACUCAGUCAGGAUCCAGAACAGACUACUUGGCACGGGGAGGGGGCGGCGUCUCACAGAGGGACUACUUGUCGAGAGGUGGGACUCAGACUUUGGGAGGAUCAGUGAAAGUUGAGAGUGUGACAGCGCUGCGCAGCACGCCUCAGUGGCUGACCACCACCACCUCUUUAGCUUCAACCCCAAGUUCAGCUCAGCCCAUCACCCGGCCGUCAGCCUCUCCUUAUCAGACCAUUGGCCACAUGGGGUUUCAUGGAAUCGGAGCAAGGACUCCUGCAAACGACCCCCCACUUCCCCCGGUGACUGGUUUGGCUCGUUUCCAUCAAUCACUGAGAACUCCUUACACUCUGAAGCUGCCAAAUGAGCCAGGACGUCAGGAGCUCAGACACAUCAUCAUAGAUGGCAGCAACGUGGCUAUGGCUCACGGUCUUCAUCGCUUCUUUUCCUGUCGAGGAAUAGCGCUGGCUGUAGAGACAUUUUGGAGGCGGGGCCACAGAGAAAUCACAGUAUUUGUCCCUCAGUGGCGUCAGAAGAGAGACCGACUCACAACAGAGCAACAUUUUCUAAACCAGCUAGAAGACCUGAGACUGCUCUCCUUCACUCCCUCCAGAGAGGUCUGUGGCCAGAGGAUAUCCUCACAUGAUGACAGGUUCCUGCUCCACUUAGCAGAAAAAACAGAUGGGGUCAUUGUAACAAAUGACAACCUGAGGGAUUUUGUCGACACCUCUGACACCUGGCGCAAGAUCAUUCAAGAGAGGUUGCUUCAGUUUACUUUUGUGGAGGACCACUUCAUGAUCCCUGAUGACCCUCUGGGAAGAAAUGGACCUCAUCUGGACACGUUCCUGCGUAAGGACAACAGGAAAGUUCCAGUCACCCCUCCCCCUCUGAGACCCCCAGAUUUCCGUCCGUCCUCUCAGCAACAGCAGCCGGUUUAUGUGCAGGCCCUCCACUCGGCUCCUUGGACCCCCGCCUCCACGCCCCAGCCCCCUCCCUCCCUGAUGCCGCACCCCACCGCACACUGGCCCCACUCUGGUCCUCCCGAAUGGCACCCACCCCGCCGUUCACCUUCCCCUUCGCCCUCAACCCCUCCCCAGCGGUCACCGGGAGAGACGUCAGAGUUGAAACAGAAGUUGUAUGACAUCUUCCCCGACCAAAAGCAACGGAUCGACCGCAUCCUCAGUGACAACCCGUACAUGAGAGACCUGAAUGCCCUGUCUGGGCUGCUGCUGGGAUAAAAAGAACUGGCCCAGCAGACACACACAUGCAAGAAUAUACACAUUAGCAUAAAGUAAUUUAUUUCUUCCAGCCUGGAGGACACUGAAAGUUUGUCUGAAAUAUUAUUUUACAAUAAUACUGAUCAUCAAACUAGCUGCUGUUGGCAAAAAUCUUUUUUUUUUGUUUUAUGAUGAUUUGUUUUUCUGUCCCUCCUCCUUUGCUCUCAAACUGAUAAAGGUGGACAACACUGGUGUGUACCGAAGCAGAAUGUUAACAUAGGGCCAUAUUUGUCAAGCAGCAAAGUCUAUAUUGAUCAGAUGAGGUUUUUUUAUUUUUUUUCCCCAACACAUUAGUUAUAAACUUCUUAUGUCCUGAACGGAGUCAAUUCAGGGUCGCACUGGGCUGUACCAGUUUCAGCAGUUAGGAGGGAGCAUCAACAGGGAGUGCUGAGUUUUAAAGUACCACAGAUUUUUUUUUGUUUGUUUUUAGCUUCUAUUUUUUUAUAGUGUGCUUUCAGAAAGCAUGAUGAGAUCAUUAUCAUUAUCUUAAAAUCGCUAUUAGUGGUUAGUUAAUUUUGGACAGACAUCCCAAAAAGCCAUGUUUGGAUAGUAGUGUGUGGCUAACCAGAUUAAAGAAUGACCUUUAGGCAUGUGUGAGGACAAUAUUUUGAGGCAGCACUGUCCAUCUCUAUCCCCUGAAAAUGUUCCAGAUUAUUGCCUUUCUGAAUCCAGGUGAUUUUUUUGAAGGGACCAUUCCUUUUCAGUCAGAAAUCCUUUUUUAUUGAUAAUAAUUUACUUUAGAUAGUCAUUGUUUUGGCAGAAAUUGGCUCAGUGAUCACAAGAACAUUAUAAUGACUUUUUUUUCCUGUGAUUAGGCACAUAGCUGUGUGUAGCUUCUCAUAUGUGGUGUUUAUAACUGAUCUCUGAAAAGCUGUGGAAGAACUCAGGUGCUGAAACUGAAUUUGCUGCUCUGAUAGUCUGUGAUGAGAAUUUAAAGUUUGGUUGAAUCUGUUCCAGCAUCAGUUGUUCCAGUUAGACACACUGUUUGACAGUGUUUUCAGGAGGAUGCAGUCAUUAGUUCUACAUUAGCAUUCUGUUCAAAGAUGGGUUGUGAGUUAUCGGCCUCAGUCUUUAGUUAAUACGUAAUUCAUCUGCCUUUGGAUGGAAACACGAUAAGAGUUUGAAUUUAUCCUUUGUUGGUUGAGUUUAAUGGCCCAGUUACAUUUGAAAUCACAGACUAUAUGUGUUUGCUCACCAAAAAAACCUUGCAAACACAACACUUACUUAAGUUACAUUUGUAAUUAGUGUAGAUAACUUUAAUGCACUGAAAGUAAGUGAUGGUGUAGUGAGUUAAACAAGGUUUCACUGAUAAAUCUUCAGAAAGCUUUUUUUUUUUUUUUUUACCCCUCAUACGCCAAGAGAAUGUGGGCCACAGCUUGCAUAUUUGAUGUGCACCUAAUUUUUGUAAUAUAUAAACACUUUAUUUCCUUGUAAUAAAAGAAUACCUGCACAAAAACUUUACAAGGUGUCAAGAAAUAAGUUUUGUUCAUUUUUGCUCUGUUGUUGUACGGAUUGCUGAAGGACUUAAGUUUCUCUUUUGUUGUAUUAUAAUUCAUUUGUGUAUAUCAAUUUCUUUUUUGUAAAUAGGCAUUUUUGGCUACGGUGCACAUGUUUUAUGUAUGUGAACAAAAUUUAAUAAAAGUGGCAG